AUGAAUGCGUCUCGUAGGAGAGAAGUGCCAGGAAACCAUGGAGAGAUGCAGAUUCAGGAAAAUGCCUGUGGGGCAGUGCCUCAGGUCAGUGUUAUUCCUGUAACCUUUCUCUCCCCUCUCUCAUUCGUUUCAUCAGUGCUACGGGACGACUUCCGCCAGAACCCGACCGACGUGGUGGUGGCGGCGGGGGAGCCCGCCAUCCUGGAGUGCCAGCCGCCGCGCGGGCAUCCCGAGCCCACCAUCUACUGGAAGAAAGACAAAGUCCGCAUCGAUGACAGGGAAGAACGAAUCAGUAUACGUGGUGGAAAGCUGAUGAUCUCCAAUACACGCAAAAGCGACGCGGGCAUGUACACUUGUGUUGGAACCAACAUGGUGGGGGAGCGAGACAGCGACCCAGCAGAGCUCACCGUCUUUGAGCGGCCCACGUUCCUGCGGAGGCCGAUCAACCAGGUGGUGCUGGAGGAGGAGGCCGUGGAGUUCCGGUGCCAGGUGCAGGGAGACCCGCAGCCCACCGUGCGGUGGAGGAAAGACGACGCGGACCUGCCGAGAGGAAGGGGAAGGUAUGACAUCAAAGAUGACUAUACUUUGCGCAUUAAGAAGGCCAUGAGCACAGAUGAAGGAACCUACACGUGCAUUGCCGAGAAUCGAGUUGGGAAAGUGGAAGCCUCUGCUACCCUCACUGUCCGAGCUCCCCCACAGUUUGUGGUGAGACCACGAGACCAGAUUGUAGCCCAGGGUCGAACUGUGACUUUUCCUUGUGAAACUAAAGGAAAUCCCCAACCAGCUGUUUUUUGGCAAAAAGAGGGAAGCCAGAAUCUACUCUUCCCCAACCAGCCUCUUCAACCCAGCAGUAGGUACUCAGUGUCGCCGACAGGAGACCUCACUAUUUCCAACAUUCAGCGGUCUGAUGCGGGCUACUACAUUUGUCAAGCACUGACAGUUGCUGGAAGCAUCUUAGCGAAGGCUCAGCUGGAGGUUACUGAUGUUUUGACAGACAGGCCUCCACCCAUCAUCCUCCAGGGACCCGUCAAUCAGACGCUGGCCGUGGAUGGGACAGCCCUGCUCAAGUGCAAGGCGACUGGCGACCCGCUUCCUGUCAUUAGCUGGUUGAAAGAAGGAUUCACCUUCCUGGGCAGAGACCCUAGAACAUCCAUACAGGAUCAGGGAACCCUCCAGAUUAAAACCUUGCGGCUGUCCGAUACUGGGACUUACACGUGUGUUGCCACAAGCUCAAGUGGGGAGACAUCUUGGAGUGCGGUGCUGGAGGUGACAGAGUCUGGUGGAGCCACUGUCAGCAAAAAUUAUGACAUAAAUGACCUCCCUGGGCCACCAUCUAAACCUCAGGUCACUGAUGUUACUAAGAACAGUGUCACCCUGUCCUGGCAACCCGGCACCCCUGGAAGCCUACCAGCUAGUGCUUAUAUCAUUGAGGCCUUUAGUCAAUCUGUGAGCAAUAGCUGGCAAACAGUGGCUAACCACGUCAAGACCACUCUCUACACUGUGAGAGGACUGCGCCCCAAUACCAUCUACCUGUUCAUGGUGAGAGCCAUCAAUGCCCAAGGUCUGAGUGAUCCCAGCCCGAUGUCAGAUCCUGUCCGAACACAAGAUAUCAGCCCACCUGCACAAGGUGUUGAUCAUAGACAAGUCCAGAAAGAACUGGGAGACGUCAUUGUACGACUGCAUAACCCUGUUGUGCUGACACCCACAACAGUCCAAGUCACCUGGACCGUCGAUCGCCAGUCCCAGUUUAUUCAGGGCUAUCGAGUAAUGUAUCGCCAAACAUCUGGCCUACCUACUCCAGCUACAUGGCAGAACUUGGAGGUCAAAGUCCCAACGGAGCGCAGUGCUGUCUUAGUCAACUUGAAAAAAGGGGUCACUUACGAAAUUAAAGUUCGACCUUAUUUCAAUGAGUUCCAAGGAAUGGACAGUGAAUCAAAGUCUGCCCGUACCACUGAGGAAGCUCCAAGUGCCCCUCCUCAGUCUGUUACUGUCCUGACAGUUGGAAACCACAACAGCACAAGCAUCAGCAUCUCUUGGGAUCCUCCACCUCCAGAUCACCAAAACGGAGUCAUCCAGGAGUAUAAGAUCUGGUGCCUAGGUAAUGAGACGCGAUUUCAUGUCAACAAAACGGUAGACGCAGCCAUUCGCUCGGUAGUAAUAGGUGGCCUGUACCCAGGUAUUCAGUACCGUGUGGAAGUCGCCGCAAGCACCAGCGCAGGCGUGGGAGUAAAAAGUGAGCCACAACCCAUAAUAAUUGGAGGUCGUAAUGAAGUUGUCAUCACCGAGAAUAACAACAGCAUAACUGAGCAAAUCACCGAUGUUGUCAAACAGCCUGCCUUUAUAGCUGGCAUCGGCGGGGCCUGUUGGGUCAUUCUGAUGGGCUUCAGCAUCUGGCUCUACUGGCGCAGAAAGAAGAGGAAGGGGCUUAGCAAUUACGCGGUCAUUUUCCAAAGAGGAGAUGGAGGACUAAUGAGCAAUGGAAGUCGACCAGGUCUGUUGAAUGCAAGUGACCCCAGUUAUCCUUGGCUUGCAGACUCUUGGCCUGCCACAAGUCUGCCAGUAAACAACAGCACUAGAAUAAAGUCCAGUACAAGCUUCCUGUGCAUCAGUGGUUUGUUUCAUUCCCCUAUGUUCACCACAGAUGUGCUGCCACCAGUGCCAGGGCAAGGAGAUAAAACAGCUACUAUGCUUUCGGAUGGAGCCAUUUACAGCAGCAUUGACUUCACCACCAAAACAAGUUACAACAGUUCCAGCCAAAUAACUCAAGCUACGCCAUAUGCCACCACCCAGAUCCUGCAUUCCAACAGCAUCCAUGAGCUGGCAGUCGACUUACCUGAUCCUCAGUGGAAAAGCUCGAUUCAGCAAAAAAAUGACCUGAUGGGAUUCGGUUACUCACUCCCAGACCAAGGCAAAGGCAACAACGCCUUGCUUUACAUCCCUGACUACCGCGUGGCUGAGGGCUUGGCUAAUAGAUUGCCACACAACCAGUCGCAGGAUUUCAGCACCACCAGCUCCCACAACAGCUCUGAAAGGAGUGGCAGCCUCUCAGGUGGCAAAGGAGGAAAAAAGAAGAAAAACAAAAAUACUGCCAAGCCCCAGAAAAAUAAUGGUUCAAACUGGGCCAAUGUUCCCCUCCCACCCCCUCCUGUGCAGCCGCUUCCAGGCACAGAGCUGGAACACUAUGGGGUGGAUCAGCAAGAAGCAGGAUACGACAGUGAUGGGUGGUGUCCGCCUUUGCCAGUUCAGACCUACUUACAUCAGGGCAUGGAGGAUGAGCUUGAAGAAGACGAUGAUCGUGUUCCCACACCUCCUGUCCGAGGGGUGGCUUCGUCGCCUGCGAUCUCCUUUGGCCAACAGUCAACUGCAACUCUCACACCGUCGCCACGAGAAGAGAUGCAGCCGAUGCUUCAAGCCCACCUGGACGAGUUAACCAGGGCCUACCAGUUUGAUAUAGCAAAGCAGACAUGGCACAUCCAAAGCAAUACACAACCUCCUCAGGCUCCUGUGCCACCUUUAGGAUAUGUAUCUGGAAACAUUAUUUCAGAUUUGGAAACAGAUGUUCCAGAUGAUGAUGAAGAUGAUAUUGAAGAGGAAGCUGUAGAAAUCACUAGGCCACUAAGAGGUCUAGAGCAUACUCCAGGCUCCAGUAUGGACAAUCUGGACAGCUCUGUGACAGGUUCAAUGGUAAAUGGAUGGGGUUCUGCGUCUGAUGAGGACCGUAACUUUUCUAGUCAUAGAUCUAGUGUAGGUAGCUCCUCAGAUGACUCGAUCUUUACCAGCGGCAGUUUUGCACAAGCACUGGUUGCAGCAGCAGAUAAAGCUGGUUUUAGGCUGGAUGGAACCAGCCUGACAAGAACAGGCAAAGCAUACCCUUCCUCUCAGAGACCUCGGCCAAGCAGCCCGUUUUCUACUGACAGCAACACCAGCGCCGCUGUCAAUCAGAGCCAGAGGCCAAGGCCUACUAAAAAACACAAGGGAGGCCGGUUGGACCAACCCCCCUUGCCUCAUCGUAGGGAGGGAAUAACAGACGAUCUUCCACCACCACCCGACCCGCCCCCCGGUCAGGGUUUAAGGCAGCAAAUAGGCCCUGGCCAACGCGGAGGCUCGGCAGAGAGGAAAGGAAGCUCUCUUGAGAGGCAGCAAACAUCGAACAUAGAUGAAACAAAGAGCUCAUUGGAUCGUCAAGCUAGAACAUCAUUAGAGUGGCAGCGGCAAACCCAGGAAUGGAUAAGCUCCACAGAACGGCCAGAAGACAUAAGGAAAGCCCAACACAAACAAGCGUUCGGAUCAGAGGAGGCACUGGUACCUUAUAGUAAGCCCAACUUCCCAUCCCCUGGUGGCCACAGCUCUUCAGGAACAGCUUCUUCUAAAGGAUCGACUGGACCUAGAAAAGGUGAAGUCUUGCGUGGAGGUCACCAACGCAAUGCCAGUGACCUUCUUGAUGUGGGCUAUAUGGGAUCAAACAGUCAAGGACAGUUUACUGGUGAAUUAUAGUAGUUGAGAAGACACAUUGCAAGCUGCUUUGAUGGACCAUCAGGUCUGAACUCAUGGAAGUGAUGACACUAAACAGUGCAAUGAACAUUUUCUUUAUUUAUGUACUAUUAAAAGAACUGUAAAUGCAAUGUAAAGACACACAGCCACACAUAUCCCACAGAUACUUUACUUGUGUUCUUCUCUUUAAUACACCAUCCACCUUAAACUAUUCCUUGUCAGGAGUAUAUAAAAAAAGAAAGAAAAAAAAAUCACCCUCCAGGAUGAAAAGGAUUUCCUUCUGUAUAUAAUUUCUUUUGUUGCAUUGCUAUGCAAGCUCACCUUCUUUUUAGCUAUGUUCAUAUUCAUGUCUGUUUUUAUUGGUCUGUUGUACUAUAUGUGAAUUAAUAGGCUGUGGUGCCAUAUAUUAACUUUUAAUUGUGUAACUUUUAUGUUUAAAGUUUGCACUGCAAUUUUAUUUGGUGAUAAGCACAAAACUCUACUCCUCAUGACAUGAAGAAAAAAGAGACUGAAUGUGUGAAGAACGUUUAUGUACUGUAAGCUGCUUCGAAUAAUGCUGGAUGUAAUGGAGUAUAUUAGGUGGUUUUCCAUUGGGGUGUAGAAAUAAGAAAGUGACAGGCAAAACUGAUGUCUAUAAAGACAUCAGAGACAGAUUUAAAUCUUUUAAAAGCAAAUGACAUGGUUGUUCUUCCUGUUUAAGAAGGGGUCAGAAGGUGGAAGUGUGGGUUUAAAGAGUGAAUUCGAAGAUAGAAGGUAGUGUAAGAUGGCCUUGACCCUUUCACUAGAACGAUAAGCUUCUUAACCCUUUGUUUCUGCUUUUAACCAUCUGAUGCCAUUGAGUAAAGGGGAAGAAAAA